AUGGGAAACACAGUGCAAAAGCUCCGGCAAGAAGAAGAGGAAUCGAAAGAAGAGGAGGCAUCAUCAACGUUCACUUGCGAGAUAUGCAUCGAACCCAUGUUAUCAUCGUCAACCAAGAAAUUCAAGAACCAGAACAGGUGUGUUCAUCCAUUCUGCACAGAUUGCAUGAUGAAGUACAUCCAAGUGAAGGUGGAGGAGGACAGCGUCGCCAACGUCCCAUGUCCGGCACUGAAUUGCGAGCAGCUCUUAGAUCCUCUCUCCUGCAGGGCGGUCGUGCCAGCAAAACUGUUCGACAAGUGGUGCGAUGUGCUGUGCGAGUCGGCCGUUCUAGAGUUGAAAAGAUGUUACUGCCCGAAUCGGAAUUGCUCGGCUCUGGUUGUGAACGAAUGUGGAGGGAAUGUUAAGAAAUCAGUGUGUCCCAAUUGCAAGAGGAUUUUCUGUUUCCACUGCAAGCUUCCAUGGCACUCCGGCUAUCGAUGUGAAGAGAGUCGAGAGAUUAGAAAUAGGAAUGAUGUUCAGUUCGGAAUACUUGUAGAGAGGAAAAAUUGGAAGAGAUGUCCCCGCUGCCUCCAUUGCAUUGAACGUUUUACGGGUUGCAGAAGUAUUGUAUGCAGAUGUGGGGCCCAUUUUUGCUACGACUGUGGAAGCGAGUUUAAAAAUCUUCAGUGCAACUGCAACUCCAGCCUAUGCAGGUUUCUCAAGAAUGUGUUCGAAUUCGUUUCUCGUGAGUCUAAUCUCUUCAGAAGCGAGUCAGUAGUUAGGGUCGUAACGGCAUUAGCUCAUUUGGUGAAAGAAAUGGUGGAGGCUGAGGAAAGAGGGAGGAAGGAGAAGGCGGAAAAGGAGAUAAAGACGAACGGUGUUUGCUUCUUUGCCUGCGGUGGAGAAGGAGAAAGAACCAAGAAGGCUAGAAAAAUGGCCCAAGACAUUCUUAGUUCUUAG